AUGGCAAACUCUAUCAGUGGAAAGGAUUGCAUGGUCAGUAUUGGCAUCUCAGCAGUAUAUGUUCCUGGUGUCGCUAACAUUUCUCUCGUAUCUCACAGNAUCUCGGAAUGGAUUCUCUUGAUCGCUGCUUAUAUUCUCGUGGGCUUACGAAUGUACACUCGUCUGCUCGUACAGAGGCAGAAGUUGAGGUUGUCUGAGUACAUCCUUUUGUUCUCGGCCUUGAUUGGCUUGGGACUUAUUAUCUGCGACACAUUGACUUAUCAACUCGGAGUCAUGGAUGAUUGGGAGUCCUCGGUCACAUUGUCGAAGAUUUCGUUCGCAUCGAACUACUUCUACGACUUCGGCAUGGGUUUCCCGAAAUUGAGCAUGCUGGCUUUCUACUGGGGCGUGUUUCCCGCUGACAGACCUACGCUGCGCAAGGCCGUGUAUGUUGUUACUGCCUACGUCUGCUGUGCCUACAUGACUGUUCUUUGGAUGGACACUUUCUACUGUGGCACCCCGGUCUCUGUCCAAUGGAGUCAGGAAGAAGGUGCCUGCAGUGUCUUCUACGCCGAAACGCCAUUCUAUUUCAACUUUUCGAUGAACCUUUCCAGCUAUAUNUUUCAUCCAGUCUACGGUCUUCCUCUCUUCUUGCUCAAAGGAAUGAGUAAAGAGCACAAAGCUGCCAUCUACUUUACCUUCUCUCUAGGUAUUAUACCCGCAUUGACGACGUUGAUUCGCUUCAUCACUCUGAACACUGAUUCGAGUGAGCCUAACUUGGUCUACAUUCUGAGUAUGGUUGAGAUGGCUACAGCCCUUGCUGCAGUCUCGGUGCCUGGAUUGAAGCCUUUGCUCGACAGACGUGGUUCGGUUGCUGAUGACCGCUCGCUUGUCAGUAGAGAAGUUGUGAGAGACAAUAAGUACGAGGCCGAGGUCUGA